UACUCAUACAUGGAACACUAUUUUGUUUAUGUUUUGUUUCCUGUUUUUUAGCUGUCACAAAAAAAUACUGCUAUGAAUAUUUUAGGAGAUUUGAAUAUACAAAAGCAAAUGGACAGCUUUCUAAUACAUGGACAUAGUAAUUCUCCUUCAGAACCAGAGAUGCUUCUGUUACAAUAUUACCUCUUCUGAUAAGUAUGUAGUUUAUUAGCUAGAGUUUUUCGUAAACAGUUUGCAUAUAGAAUCUCUCCUUGUCAAUGGUGAUUGCUAGCAAAACACAAACCUAGUAAUGGAGCCCUUAUACCAGGAAUACCUAACAAAUCAUGGAACUGUAGUAAAACCUUAUUAUUGGUUGGCCUUGACUCUAGACUGUUCUAAGUGCCCUUAUCACAUCCGGACAGGGGAAGAAGCAAGAGUUACUCAUACUGAAUUUUAUCAGCUCUUUGGAUUCCCUUGUGGGCCUAGUCCUCAAACAAAACAUCUCACAUUUUAUGAAUUAAAAACAUCUUCUGGCAACCUGGUGCAAAAGGGUCAGGCUUCAAGUUGCACAGAGUAUGAUACACACCCAGAAUCUAUGUUAUUUGAGAUGGGUAGUUAUCUUGAGUCACUCAUACAUAACAAUGACAACAGUGGACAGAUCCGUCUUUAUUCUAACUACUGUCCUUGUAAUGAAGCCAACCAUUGCUGCAUCAGCAAAAUGUACAACUUUCUGAUGAGAUAUCCAGACGUCAGCCUCAAUGUAUAUUUCUCUCAGCUUUAUCAUACAGAGACUGACUUCCCUGUUUCAGCAUGGAACCGUGAAGCUUUACGGAGUCUGGCUAGUUUAUGGCCUCGGGUCACUCUGAACCCAAUAAGUGGUGGAAUCUGGCAUUAUCUUCUCUAUCAUUUUGUGAGUGAUGUCUCGGGGGCAAUUCUUUACCAACCCCUUUGGCCUGCAAGAGCACUGGCUGACAGACACAAUGCUUAUGAAAUCAGAGCAAUCACAGGAGUGAAACCAUACUUCAUUGAUGUACUUCCCCAGACAACAGUGAACCCAAACACAAAAGCUCAGCUGGAUUUACAGAAAUUCUCUUUAAGCAAUGUGUUCCCUCAGGAGUCUUCUCAAGUGAUGAACAACCAACUACCACUCAUGAUGAUGACUCCAGAACAGAGGAUGCCUAUAAUUUUUAUGUUAGUGCCUUUUGGAGAGCAACAACCACUCAGUGUAGGUCAAAACCCAUCCAAGCCAAAAAACAUUGUAAGGCACUUAAACAUGCCUCAGAUGUUAUUAAAGGAAACCAAAGACCCCAGAAGACCCCCUGCUGGAAGACUAGUGGAGACUGUGGAAAUCAUAGAACAAUUUUCAGACACUAAAGAAGUAAGAAAGAAAAAAGAAAAAGUAAAAAGUAAACACACAUUUUAAAAAAGAUAAUGCUAACAGACAUUAGAAGGCUUAUGAGACUGUUGGUAUAUGUUUGAUAGCUUUCAUCCCUGGACCAGAUGGAUCUGGACUACCUAGAAAGCAAUCACACUAAAAAGAAACCCAUUACAUUUUUCAUCAUAUCAACAACAAGCAGCCACAGAAUUUUUUUUAACAAUGCUUGAUAUUUUUCUACUAAACUUGACCCCUUCCAAUGGUAGCAUCAAAGUGGAACUAUAAAUCACUCCCCAAUAGCUUCAAAGUAAUAUUGUUUUUCUAGUCAGCCCACAUCAUCAUUGAGCAUUUAAAAAAAAAGAAAAAAAAUUUAAGUGAGCUAAAGUGAGUCCAAAAAUUAGUUUCAGUACAAAGAUUUAUUUUGAAAUUGGAAACCUGCCUGAAGUAACUGACAUUAAGUGCUGUUUGCAGUAGCAAACCAGUGAUUUUCCAUUCAUCGUUUAUUGUCAGCAGAUAGACUUUAAGCAGCCUACUUUCUUUAAAGUGAUUCAAAAUAAUUAUGAACAAAGAGAAGCCAUUCGACUAAAUGAUUUAAUGCAUCCAUGGAAAUAGAUUGCUAAGUUCAAUCACCCACUCAUGAUGGAUGACUCUUACCUACCCAGGUUUCUCUUCAUGAAAUUAAGUUACUGGUUAGAUAUCUAGGUGAAUGGGGCAUUCAGCCCUGUGGAAUGAAGUAACUGUUAGCUAAAAUACAAAAUCUACAUUUCUUUAUUUGACUUUCAAAGUUUCUCUCCACUCCCUUGUUUCAUGGCAGUAUGUUUUAAUUUCCCCCAAUUGGCUCAUAAGUUUCUAAAGGAUAUAGACUAUGUGGUACCUUAAAACAAAACAAAACAAAACAAAACAAAACAAUUCCCUUUGAACCUAACACAGUGCAAUGCUUAUGUUUGGUGGUAGCUGAAUCUUACUAACCUCAUUAUUUAUUACUCUUGGCAUAAAGCUUAUGCCAGCCAUUGUCUUCCCAUGUCUGACUUCUGACUUGGGCCUACCAUUUCCCUAAAUAGAAGGAUCUUGAUACCUAUCUCCUUCUUCUCCAUCAAUCUACAUCCUUUACUUCUUCCAAAAUAUGUCUUAAAACAUUCCACUUCUUGAUUAACCUGUUCAUAUCUGUAUUUAGACCCUUUUUUAUGCCAUAUUGAUUUAUUACUCACUUGUAUGUUGUCUUCUAAAUGACAGUAAGUCUUUUCAAGUAUGUAUAUUCCCAACUAGAAGUAGAGGGUAAGGAUCCAUUUAAAAAAAAUCUUCCUGUAGUUCUCAGAACAUAAUGUAUAUUCAGUGAAUGUCAAUGACUGGUUCAAGGACUGACCAGGGCUGGAAGGUUUUAUUCUCUAGUAGCAUAACAAUGGUGAUGCAUAACUCAUGCACAUAAAAAGAGGGAAGGUGUAUAUGGAUAUUGUUAUAUUGUCUCAAUUAAGCACCCCUAUCAAUCAUGAAUGUCCAAACAUACACAGUGAUUUAAAAAAUCACUAAGGGGCAACUAGGUGGCUCAGGGAAUUAAGAGCCAGACCUGGAGUCAGAAGGUCCUGGGUUCAAACCUGACCUCAGACACUUCCUGGCUAUGUGACCCUGGGCAAAUCACUUAACUCCCAUUGCCUAGCCCUUACUAUUCUUCUGCCUUAGAACCAAUACACAAUAUUAAUUCCAAGAUGGAAGGUAAGGGUUUAAAAAAAAUCAACAAGUAAUUUGGUUAGCCCUAUGACUCCAGUCGAUUUGCCCAGGUCACAAUCCUGGAAAGUCUCUGGGCUGCUGAAGACAGUUUCAGAACUGUAAAAAUGGAAACUUGAAUCCAGGACUUCAAUCCCCAGAAGUCCUUGCUCCACUUCCCCAGAAUGCUUUGUAAUAUCACUGAAUUCUCACCUGGGCCAAGAUCGAGAUGGGGUAUUUAACCUGAUUGGAAAGGGUUUUGGCUCUUUUCUUUCCUGUUUCCGCUUGCAAGCAGACACGUCUCAUGAUGUGAGUGAAAUUGAAUUGGGCCUCUUGGCCCACCUGGCACAUGCCUUUCUUACUGGCUGCAUCUACACUGAAGGACCGAAAGGCAUGGAAUAUGAUAUUCUGGAAAGCAAGGGAACUAGAUCUAUAACCAAAAAUUAACUACCCAGAAAAACUGACUAUAUUCUUACAGGGAAAAGUAUGGUCAUUUAAUAAAAUAGAAGAAUUCCACGCAUUCAUAAAGACCAGAGCUGAACAGAAAAUUUGAUCCCAAACACAGAACUCAAGAGAAUCAUCAAAAGGUAAUUAAGAAAGGGGGAAAAAACAAAAACAAAACAGAACAAAAACUUUUUUUAAGAGACCUAAUAAGUUAAAAUGAUAUGUAUCCCUGUAAGAAAAGAGGUCAUUGGUAACUCUUAAAAAUUGUUAUUAUCACCUGGGUAGCUGGAAGAAUUAUACUUAGCGGGAACAGCAACAAACUGUAUAGGAUGAAAUGCCAAGACAUAAAUAUAUAUAUAGAUAUAUGUAUACAUAAAUUUAUAUAUGUAUGUAUGUGUAUGACAUGGGCACUGUACCCCAGAAACCCAGGCCAACUAUUACCUGGAAAACUCCGUUGCCCUUGCAUCCUUGUGAAUCUUAACCUAGAAACACCCAAUGACCCCACCCAGGGUCCUGAGAUGUUUACCCUCUUUUGUCCUCUAGAUUUAAGGUGGACAAAGAAAUGAAUCUUUAGGCCUCCAGGCAGACCCCAGUCAGAUGACCACCUCACCCCACCAAAUGCCUAAGGGACUAACACUCUCCAAGUCCACACCAGGACAUAGCAUCUAAAGAGUAUAUAAACCCCAGAACUGAUGCUGUCUGGGGGACAGCCUCUCCAUCUGUGCUGUCCCCAUGGAGGAACAGCCUUUCCUUUCAUGCUGUCCUCCCAGGGAACUAAUUCCCAUCUUGCUGUUCUACCUUGCUAUCCUCCUGGCCACUCUCAACAUUACUUUCUAAAUUAAUAAAUCUCUUUUUGUUUUUAAGCUAAGUUUGGAAUCAUUGCAUGCUUGCAAAAGGUAUCCUUCCCGAACCCAAAAGGGUAUCCUUCCAUGCCCAUAACGUGUAUAUAUAUAUAACUAGAGUUUUAAGAAGAGGUUAAUAAUAAGAGAAAUGGGAAAAGAAACAAAAUGGGGUAAAUUUAUAUGUCACAAAGAAGCAUAUAGCGGCAGGGGGAGAGAACAUCAAUACACUGGAAGUGUAAAGAAGUUGGAGAUAGGAAAUAUUCAAUUCUUAUCUGCAUUGAAAUUGACUCAAGGCAGAACAAUCAAAUACAUUGGGCCAGAAUUGAAUUGUGCCCUAUAGGGAAGUAGAAGGGUAACAAACAGACUGGAGGGAAGCAAUACAAAGGAGGGCCUCCAGUAGGGGGAUAUUUUUAAAAGACUGUAAAGAAAAUAAGAGAGGAAUAAGAGGGGAAGGGGGUAGAAAGGAAAGUAAAAUAAGGGUGGGAAUUAGGGGAAUUGAUUAAAAACAAAUUGAAUUGGUCUCUCAGAGUGGAGAUUAAGUGAUGGAGGUGAGCAAUGAGUAGUGAUAGAAGACACUGAUGUUCUGAAAUAUGUAUUUCUAUAUUCUCACUAGUCAGCAUUAGUCAAGCACCUUCUACUCAAUUCUGGACCUCGAUUUCUAAUAACGUUUUAAUAUCUCCAUUAUAUGUAUUCCUGCUAUAAUAAUAUACAUUUGAUUUAUCUAAGAAUCAUUUCUUAAUCUCUCAAUUUUAUUACUAUGCAUUUAUAUUUUACCACAAUUUUGAUAUACUGGUAUAUAGUAAAAAUUAGUUACGAUUUUAAAAUUGAUAAGUUUAAAUAUGUUUUUAAAAAGUACACUUAAAUCAGGUAUAAUACUUUGGCAAAAUUAUUUCCCACCACCAUUUCCUCAAUGUUUUCUCAUUUAUAAAUUAAGAAAUAAUAUACAUUUUUAAAACAAUAAAUUAUUUUUCAAAUGUAAUUGGCACUAUUUUUCUUGAAAACAAUUAAAGAGGGGGCAGUGGGGUAGCUUAGUAGAUUGAGAGCCAGGCCUAGAGAUGGGAGGUCCUAGGUUCAAAUCUGGCCUCAGACACUUCCCAGCUGUGUGACCCUGGGCAAGUCACUUGACCCCCAUUGCCUAGCCCUUACCACUCUUCUGCCUUGGAACCAAUACACAGUAUUGACUCCAAGAUGGAAGGUAAGGGUUAAAAAAAAAAGAAAAGAAGAACAAAAAACAAUCAUUGUUAGUGGGUAAGUGAGAAGUUUCUAUUUAGUUUUAUUAAAGUUAUCAAGUUAAAAUGAGAUGGAAAUUUUGAAUAAUUAAAUUAAGAUAUUUCAUGUGCUAUCCAAAUAGCAAGUACUCUGAGGUGUGAAGUUCUAAUUCAAACAAUUACAGCCAUAUAAGAAAAGUGGCACAGCGGAGAGAGUACUGGAAAGGCCUAAGGUUUAAUCUAACCUCACACACUUACUAGCUGUGUGACCCUGCACAAGUCAUUUAACCCUGUUUGCCUCAGUUCCCUCAUGUGUAAAAUGAGCUGAAGAAGGAAAUGACAAACCAAAUCUACUAUCUUUGCCAAGAAAUGGGGUCACAAUUGAUCCAACCAUUCUGGAUGACAAUUUGGAACUAUGCCCACAGGGCUUUAAAAGACUGCCUGCCCUUUGAUCCAGUCAUAAUGUAGCAUUCCAAGCAUAUUCACAUCUAAGAAAUAUAAUUGAUGUAUGGAUAUUGUGUCUUCAGAUACAAGGUUUGAACUCUGAUAUUUGUGGGGGGACUCUUGACCUACCCAUGCUGCCUUUGUUCAAGGCAAACUCAUUAACAUUUUGUGCAGAGUCAAAUUCCUUUGUAAAAGCAAGGUUGAAGUCAACAGGCUCCAAUCUGAAUUAUCUAUGCUUUGUAAUGUGGUCAUUGAUCCUGGCAAUCCUCAUUAAAUCCUGGGGUGAAGGCAUGAUUCCUCCUCUUGUUCCUGCAACCUUGAAGUUCUCACUAAUGUCUUUCUCUUUCCUAAAGUCUCUCUUGGCCACAUACAUGCUUUCUAUCUCGGAAUUCUUACUUCCACACGUCUGCAAACUUCUCACAUUUUCCUUUAAUUAUCCUUCCAAGGAAAAUGUCAUAGGGAUUCACGCCUGCCCUAUCAAAAAUAUUGACUUGUCUGUGUACCUUCAUUCUUCACCCAUUUUCUCAGACUCCUUGCUCCUUCUCGAGCCCCAACCUACAAAGGAAAAUUCUUUUCAUAACAGCGGCUGGCCAGCAGGUUAUACAUAACACUGCUGGAUUAAUACCCCAAAGAGAGAAUAAGGGGAAAAGCCUUAUACAAAAAUAUUUAUAGCUGCACUGUUUGUGGUGGUAAAAAAUUGGAAAAAGAGGGGAUGCUCUUCCAUUGGGGAAUGGCUGAACAAAUUGUGGUAUCUGUUGUGCUAAAGGGAAUAAUAAAGUGGAGGAAUUCCAUGGGACCUGGAACAACCUACAAGAACUGAUGCAGAGCGAAAGGAGCAGAACCAGGAGAACAUUAUACACAGAGAUUGAUAUAUUGAGGCACAAUCAAAUGUAACGGACAUCUCAACUAGCAGCAAUGCAAUGAUCCAGGAUAAUUCUGAGGGACUUAUGAGAAAGAACACUAUCCACAUCCAGAGAAAGAACUGUGGGAGUAGAAACACAGAAGAAAAACAAUCAUGUGGUUUGAUGGGGAUAUGAUUGGGGAUAUAGACUCUAAAAUGAUCAUCCUAGUGCAAAUAUGAAUACUAUGGAAAUAGGUCUUGAUCAAUGACACAUGUAAAACCCAGUGGAAUUGCUUCUUGGCUAUGGGAAGGGUUGGGAGGAGGGGAGGGAAAGAACAUGACUCAUGUAACCAUGGAAAUUUUUCUUAAUCAAUUAAAUAAAAUUUUUAAAAAUGUCACAAAGACUGAACAACAAAAAGAAACGGAGAAGCAACAUGGCAGAGUAGAUAUAAGACUGGUCUGGAAUCAGGAAAAUCUUGUUUUAAGUACUGUUUUUGACACAUGCAAAAUCGUAUGACCAUAACACCAGCACUUAACCUCUCAGUUCUGGAGGCAAUUUCACUAAGAUAAUGAGAAAGGAAAAGUUGCUGAUCUGCAUUGGUAAAGGGAAUUUCAUACCAGGAAUUCCCCACAUCAAUGUUCAGAUAAAAAAAAAAAGCAUUUGUUACCCUAAAUUUAAAGCUUCUAGAAAACUAAAGAGUUUCUAGUAGAGAAUUUGCUGAUAAACAAAGUGAUUAUAUCUUCUUCAAGCUACUUUGAGACCACAACUAUGGGAGUUUAUAGUAGGGUAUUUACUAAUAAAUAAGCAGUGAUUGUGUCUAAUAAAUGAGUUGGAGUUCUACAACUGGUAUUAAUACUUACACUUCCAAGCUGUGAUUUUACUCCUGUGGAUAUAAGCAACCUCUACCAAGAGAGACAAUAAAAUCUUUUGUAUUUUGAACUUAGUAGAUAGUCUUUUAGAGUUUGCAACUGGCCAAAAUACUCAUCAUUCCAGAGCCAACUAGUCCCUCCAAACUUAUCUAGGAUUAAUCUCAGCUGACAAACAUGUAAAUCAUAAUCAUGCUCAUAUGCAAUUUUCCAGCCUUAAUGGCCUUGAAAAAGCUUUAAUUCCAUUGGCAUUCUCUUUAAAAACAU